ACUCCAUCCUCAGAGCAACACUUCUUUAAUUUCUGUCUCUCUGUCCAUCUCACCGCUCAGCCCACUCUGUUCUCUCACUAUCUGCCUCUUCAUCGCUCUCCAGCUCCCUUACAGCUGAUGGAGCUUAUCACGGACAAAUAGGCUUAGGAGCUUUGCUAUGGCAACGGCGAAUCGUAAAAAGCUGCAUAAGCACUUCGUUGGGGGGCCGUGAUCCAAUGCCUCCCCUUGGAGAUGGUGCCCUCAACCUCCUGCAACAAGUAAAGGCAGGCCAGAGAGGCUCCUGGGAGGAGGAAGACGACGAGGAAGAGGAAGGCUCAGAGAGGUGGAGAUAACGCUGAGAGGGAAGAGAGAGUGCAUCUCUCUUCUGUCUCUGGUUUUUAUUUAGGCUGCCCAGCUGCCUCGCUGAUGUCCGACGACUUUGACACUUUUUUCCCUCUGUGAUUUUAUUCCCACUGGAGCCGGACAGCAAACCUGAGAACAAGAAUCAAAGGAGACGGUGACGGAGGGCAGGUCCAUGGCCUCCUGGUUCAACUGGAACGAGCCGUACCAGCGGAGCCCCCGCAGGGACCCGGCCGACGUCGUCUCCGACACCCUGAUGCUGGAGUUCAGCUGGCAGCUGAAGGAAGCAGAGCGGCUGCAGACGGAGAGGGAGAACGAGUACCGGCGCUUGAAGACCGGGGUGGAUUACAGCUGGCUGGCCAGCACGCCUCGCUCCUCCUUUAACAUCAGCACCGGGGAGCGGCUGGCCCUGGAGGACCUCUGCUCCAAGGUGCCGCCCUCCUGCUGCGGCCUGGUCAUCCUCAAGUUCAGGGAUGCCAUGCAGGCCAACGAGCCCGAGCCGCACGAGGUGUCGGGCCACUUCCGGGCCGUCCUGCUGGAGGUUCUGGAUCAGCUGAAGGAGGAGCAGGAGGCGCAGCGGCUGGCUCGCCAGUGGAACAACAAGCGAGCCAUGAGCAUGAACUUCAGGUCGAAGAUCAAGAUCAACCCGUUUGGAAGCACGACGGGCCUCACCGCCGGGGUGGGCAACGGGACGGGGUUGAGCGACCUCAAAACCGUCUCUGAGGACGUGGAGAAGGGGAUGGAGCGGGACGAGAGGUCGCAGAGGGUGUGGAGCAUGCCCGACUUUAGAUAUAAAGGAACCAGCAGCAGCAGCAGCAGCAGAGUGGUCUGAUGGUGGGCGUGUGAACAAAAUGUGGACUGAUGAGACUUUAUGUCUAACACGUUCAAGGCCAAGGCAGGAUGUUCUCUUUUCUCUCAACCAUGUUUUCAGUACUUGAAGCAGUUAAUAAGUUGCCUGAGAUUAUCUUCUGCAGUGAUGUCUCUUAUUUUGUAGAAAUUUGGCAUCAAAGCAUUGAGGCAUAUUUAUACUGCAGCCUAAUAGUAUUAUUUAAAAAUUGUCAAAGUAAUUAAAAGUUUUUUUUCUUUUUUUGACGCAAAAGAUGCUGCUUGCUUGGUCAAGACGGAGAAACUAAAUGUGGGAAUGUAUAAAACGGCUUUAAAGUGCAAAAUGUUUCUGUAGGAGGGACGCAGUU